AUGACAGAUAAUAUUCAAAUACCUGAGAAUCUUGAUGAAUCAACAAGUAUUGAACUCAGUAAUGAUGAUAAGAAAAAUGAUCGACGACAAAAUACAUUGACUGAUACUGUACUUCGUACAAAUUCUGAUCUAGCAUUCCCAUCGUCAUCAACACGAUAUUUUAUUGUUCAUAAAGGAAAUUUAAUUGAACAAGAAUCGAAUAAUAUAACAAAUAGAUGUUUAAAUUCCAUUGUUAAACGUCGAUCAACAAUAGAUGAUCCAUCAAUUUCAUUUAAUCAAAAUGUAUCGACACGUAUUCAUCAAACAUAA